AUUCAUUAGCCCACAAUUCCAAAUAUCGAGAUGCGUUCGUUAGGGUUAAUACUCUGUUGGAUCUCGUUUCUUACGUUAUCAAUCUCAAUCUCUGCAUCGUCUGAUGAUCAAUUCACCGUCGACGGAACAGUUUUAGAACUGACCGAUUCGAAUUUUGACUCGGCGAUUUCAACUUUCGAUUGCAUCUUUGUUGAUUUCUAUGCUCCUUGGUGUGGUCACUGCAAGCGUCUCAAUCCCGAGUUAGACGCAGCUGCUCCAAUUCUUGCUAAAUUGAAGCAGCCUAUCGUUAUUGCGAAGCUGAAUGCGGAUAAGUAUUCCCGACUCGCACGGAAGAUCGAGAUCGAUGCAUUCCCGACUCUCAUGCUCUAUAACCAUGGAGUUCCAAUGGAGUACUAUGGACCGAGGAAAGCCGAUUUGCUUGUUCGUUACUUGAAGAAGUUUGUUGCUCCAGAUGUUGCGGUUCUUGAGUCAGACUCAGCUGUCAAGGAGUUUGUUGAAGAUGCUGGGACUUUCUUCCCUGUGUUUAUCGGGUUUGGUUUGAAUGAAUCGUUGAUAUCAGGCUUAGGUGGGAAGUAUAAGAAGAAGGCAUGGUUUGCUGUUGCAAAGGAUGUUUCAGAGGAUACAAUGGUUUCUUAUGAUUUUGAUAAGGCUCCUGCAUUGGUAGCCAAACAUCCAACUUACAAUGAGCAUAGCGUCUUUUACGGGCCAUUCGAAGAUGGAUUCUUGGAGGAAUUUGUGAAACAGAGUUUCCUUCCUCUGAUUCUACCUAUAAACCAGGACACUCUGAAGUUGCUGAAGGACGAUGAGAGAAAGAUUGUCUUGACAAUCGUGGAAGAUGAAACUCACGAAAGCUUGGAUAAACUAAGCAAAGCACUGAGAGCAGCUGCUCAUGCGAACCGCGACCUUGUUUUUGGCUACGUCGGUGUGAAGCAGUUUGAAGAGUUUGUAGACUCGUUUCAUGUAGACAAGAAGACAAAUCUGCCUAAGAUUGUUGUGUGGGAUGGAGAUGAAGAGUAUGAUCAGGUUACCGGCAUAGAGACCAUUAGCCAAGAGGAAGAUCAUUUGACUCAAGUGUCUCGGUUUCUAGAGGGAUAUAGAGAAGGAAGAACAGAGAAGAAGAAAAUCAACGGACCAUCGUUCAUGGGAUUUAUCAACUCAAUGGUCGGGAUUAGGUCAGUGUACAUCAUUGUGUUCUUGGUUGCUGUCAUUAUGAUGCUACGGAGCCUCGGUCAAGUGGAGGAGCCUGCUGGAGUCAGGACCACCACAGCAGCCCAUGAAAGAGUUGAUCAGACCACCAGUGUCCCUGAAGGUGAAACCAGUGAGCAUAAGCUUAGUGACAAAAAAGAGGACUAGUUUUACUUCAUUUGAAUGUGGUAUGUUUUUUUUCCUUUACACUUGAAGCUAACUUAUAUAGUUCAUGAUUAUCUAUCUUCUUUAUGGCUAGUCUUUUUGUUUUUGUUUUCAGAGAAUUUUUAUGUUUCAC